AUGAGCGUUAAUUCAUUCAAAAUUUUACCUGAUGAUAUUCUUUAUGAAAUUUUUUCUUAUUUAUCUCCAGUUUAUAUUCUUCAAUCAUUUUUAUUAACUAAACGUUUAUCAAGAGUGAUAAUAAAUGAAUAUUUGUGGCACAUUCAUAUUGGUGAUUCAACAAUCUCAUUAUUAAUCUUCAGUAAUUAUUGCAAUAACCUCUUGAAAUUAAUAGGAGGUCGCAUUCUCUCAUUACGUUUAACAUUAACCAAUCUUAUUGGUGGAUGGUCACUCAUUUCAUCUUAUCUUCGAUAUCAUCAAACAACAUUACUUCAACGUCUACAUCUCAUUGACAUUAACCCACAUGAAUUUGAUAAAUUAUUGCCUAAUCAAUUAAUAAAACAGUUACAUACUUUAUUAGUUGAUGUAACACCUUAUAAUCCAUUUCAUUGUUUUCAAGUUGAAGGAAUCUAUCUAGUUAAGGUAUGUUCACGAAUGCCUCUUUUAAAAAUUUGUCGACUUCCAUUUAAUCAUGAUGAUGGAAAUGUUAAUAAAAUAGAAAACUAUUCAUUAAAAUAUCAAAUAACUUUACCAAAUUUAUUAAGUAGAAAUCAUCUUCGCACAUUAACUAUUGGUAUACAUACGUCACGCUUUAUCGAACCUUUAUUAUUAUCUAUACCAUUUAUUGAAAAUCUUUCUUUUGGCAUAAAAGAUAAAGAUAUUAAUGAGAACGAUGAUGCGCAUGAUAAAAUCACGUUACCGGGCACUAGUGAUGCUCAUCUUCAAUAUUUAUCUCGUCUACGUAUACAUUGUUUGAAUAACAUUAGUUUUCAUCGAACGAUUGCUCUUUUAUCGUCUGUACUUAGUCAAAUUUGUCAUUUGUCAUUAAAAUUAGAAGCAUGUGAUAUUAUUCAAGAAUUAUGUAUUGAUCGUCUUAAACCAAUGGCAACCUAUAGUCUUAGUUUAUUAUUAUAUGUUGAGGACGACUUAGAAGAAAAAAUAAUUUUCAAUUCAUUUUUUAAAGUUCCAUUUAUUCAUCGACAAAGAGCGAGAGUUUUUAUUCAAGAAUACAAUGAUUCUGAUAUAAGUCAUACAAAUCAUUGUUUUAUGAUAUAUACUUUUCCAUAUAAUGAUACAAUUCUUUCAUCAUAUAUAUUUUCUACGAAUCUUGAAAAAUUUUGUCAAAAUCCGACUGAUGUAACAGAUUUAUUUCCACGUGCUAAUACAUUAUCUUUCUAUGGUUAUAACAAGACCAAUUGUGUUCGAGAUCUUGUCAAUUGUAGAAGUUCUAUAUCAUCAUUAGUUCCGUGGUUAUUGUUAACACAUAUUAAAAUCAAUCAUAGUGAUGUUAUUACUCAACAUACAUUAGUGUCAAUAUUAGGUAUGGGUUAUAAUGUACAUACACUAGAUAUAGUUGAUGAUAGAGGAAUUUUAGUUCGUACGAUUUUGCAUAAUAAAGAUAAAUUCGGAACUCAAAUCAAUGAACAAAUAAAAUCAUUGAACAUCUUUGAUAUAAGUUGGACAUUACAAAAUGCUCAACGUUUUUGCACCUUAUUGUCGAAUCAAUUUCAUAAUUUGAGAUCAUUUUCAUUUACUAUUUUUGAUUCAUAUCGUCACUGGCAAUGGAAACCAUCUCGUAUUAUUGACGGAAAAAACAAAUCUACAAAACGUAUUCUCAAUAUUAUUUAUUUUAUUGUUGAUCAUUUGAAACAACUUGUUUGCCUGAAAAUAAACUUUUUUAAUUUGAUUAUCUCUAAUACAUGUUGUUUCCCACAUUUAAUUCGACGGGAACUGCAUCAAUAUCCACUUAGUCGACCUUGUCGCUUACGAUGCUCUACUAAUAUUAUUCAAAUUUGGCUUUAA